AUGUUGAGACGAUUCAAGAUUUCCCCACGCCGUCACCCACUGAAUUCGCCAUGGCGACUCUCCUUCCGCUUCCUUGCGCCACUACCCACGGAUAAGCAUGGGCGACCAGGCCUGCAGCGUGUUUUGAUUGCAAAUAGAGGAGAAAUAGCUUGUCGAGUCAUCAACACCUGCCGCCUUCUAAACAUUGUCUCAUCGCCGUUUACGUUGACGACAGACGAAUUGAUACGCCUUGGGUCUAUUGAUCAGGCUGGUGGAAACCUGUAUCUCAAUGCCGAGCUGGUGGUCAAGGUUGCGCUGGAUGCCGGGGCUGACGGCAUUCACCCAGGCUACGGAUAUCUGAGCGAGAAUGCCGACUUUGCAACGGCCGUCCUAGCCGCUAGAAUCAAGUUCAUUGGCCCAAGUGCUUCUACCAUGUCAACCUUGGGCGAUAAGCGAUCGGCCAAGGCCUUUUUGCGAGAAAAUGAUCCCACGGUGCCGCUGAUUCCCGGAUUCGCCGGGUCCAGCAGCAAUGCCAAUGUGGACAUGGACAAGGUUGCCAAGCAAAUCGGAUACCCGAUUAUGCUCAAGGCAUCUGCGGGUGGCGGUGGCAAGAGAAUGCGUAUCGUAUCCAACCCAGAACAGCUGCAGUCGGGGCUGGAGAGAGCACAGCCUGAGGCCCAAAGAUUCUUUGGAUCCAGCGACUGCAUCUUGGAAAAGUACAUUGAGGCCUACAAGCACAUUGAGAUACAAAUCAUUGGCGACAGCCAUGGCAACGUUGCCUCGCUGGGCGAAAGGGACUGCUCGGUGCAACGACGACAUCAGAAAGUGAUUGAGGAGACCCCGUCACCGUGGCUAACAGCCGAAAAGCGUCAAGAAAUGAGCGAUGUUGCCGUUAGGAUUGGCCAGCUUCUGCAUUACGAAAAUGCCGGCACUGUCGAGUUUGUGUUUGACGUCGCCACUAGCAACUUUUACUUCCUGGAAGUAAACACUCGCCUGCAGGUUGAACACCCCAUCACCGAAGAGGUCACGCGUCUAGAUAUCGUCUCGUUGCAAUUGUAUGUUGCGGCGGGGGGAAAUCUUUUGCAACUAGAGCCUCUGCAGAAUAUACCGCAGAUUGAUUAUGCUAUUGAGUGUCGUCUCUACGCUGAGGAUCCAGGCCGCGAGUUUUAUCCUAGCCACGGCUUGAUUCGGUUGUGGCAGCCAGCGACGUUUACGCCGUUUGCCAACCGCACUGUCCGCUUUGAGACGGGGAUUGAUACUGGCUCGCGCAUCUCCAUCUACUUCGACUCCAUGAUUGCCAAGAUUAUUGUCUGGGAGCCAAAUACGGCGCUUGCGCGGGCUACGAUGCGCCGUGUUCUGGCCGAGACGGCCUGUGUUGGCGUUGCCACAAACCACCUCUUCUCGCAGAGACCAUUUUCACAGUGUAAAACACCCUGA